GUCGGUCGACGAGGCAUCGGCCAUCGACGCAACACUCUCCUCCGCUUCCCUUCUCCUCAGUCGCGGCUCACCCCCUCCCCCUUGCCGAUCUAACGGGAACGCGUCUCACAGCUUCCACGCGACUGCACCGUGCCACCCGAGGCUCGCCCCCGCUGAGCCAGCGGAGCGAAUCUCCAUGGCCUCCACAUCCUCCUCCAGGUACGCGAAACAUCGUCGGAUCGGAGAGGACGAUGAGUUGGAGGAGGUUGAGGAGGAGGCCGAAGAGGAGCUUGAGCGGUUCGAUGAUUUCACCAUUGCUUCGUCAUGGGAAAAGUUUAUAUCUGAGAUAGAGGCUAUUUGCCGUCAAUGGCUUGCAGAUGGCGCAAAGAUCUUAAUGCAAAAAGGUGCAGAGGGUGUUCCUCCUUUUGAAAACUUAUAUAUGAUCAAGCGUGAAUUGAAGCAUGGGAAAAGAGUCUAUUCUAUGGAGUACCAUUUCAUGAAAUCUGCAAAAGGUGAGUUUAUUUGGUUAAACUAUAAUACUUUCAGCAAGCUUGUAGAAGGGCAGACCUGGUGAUGUAGAAGGGCAGACCAUUUCAUGAAAUCGAAGCAGCCUCUUCACAUUUGCGGAGGGAAGACUUGCCUUGGUUUAUCCCUUCUCCAGAACCCACUCAUGUGGUCAAAACUCAUAUUGGGACGAUGACACACAUAGCAUGCAGCUCUCAUUUGGAGUUGAUGAGUUUUUGAUAAUUGCUCCGCUGAGUGCCAGUGGUGUGAUCCUCGAUGAUCCAGAAUCAACUAAGCUUUUGAGUUCUGUAGCAAUUGCUCUUUCUAAUUGUGGCAGCAAUUGGCCAGCGUUUGUACCAGUUCACGACCCUUCACGGAAAGCCUAUAUAGGGAUUCAAAAUCUGGGAACUGUAUUUACUCGAAGAUUUGAAGCUGACCGAAUUGGUAGUCAAGUGCCAAUAAGACUCAUGCAUCUGGAGGGGUUACAUGAGCUAUUUCUGUCAAAAUUUGUCCUAUCCUCGUCAGAUUUUCCAGCUAGGGUAAAGGUUCACUUCUCAAUGAAGCUUAGCUACAAGACCCCAGAAUAUGAUCAUGAUAAUGAAACUUUAGAUUCUGAAGCUACUGAGCCAUUGACUGAAAAUGAAGUUGUGAACCACCCUAGAAAACUAUGGGACGAUGAUUGCCCUUGGGCAGAGUGGUACUCUGCUGAGGAUCCUGUUAAAGGUUUUGAGUUGACUGCCAUCUGGGGAGAGAGGACAUUUGAAGAGACCCUUGAGAUGGCUGAAGUGGAAAAUGCCUCGUCCUUUGAUGCUGAUAGCUGGUUCCUUCACCCAGUUGUAUCUCGAUACAUGGUAGAUGAUUCUAUUGGAAAAUUUGUUGGGUUUGCAUCCCAGCUACAUCUUCUAGUAAAUGCAUAUGAAUCAUCAGUGGAGGCACAAUUUCUAGAAGACUUUGUUGCAGAUACUUCAGGCCAGGAUAAUGCAAAAUCUACUGCUACUGUGCCUCCACCAUCAGUUAUUGAUCGUGUUAUGAAAGAUCUUUUCAGUGAUGAGACUGGCAACUAUAUGGAAGCAGAAAACAAGUAUAGUCGUGCUAUGCGAGGUGCACCUGCAGAUUCACUUUUUGGCCAGUUCUGUUUGCAUGCACUGUGGUUUGGCAACUGCAAUAUAUGCGCAAUUGCUACACUAUGGAUUGAUUUUGUGCGGGAAAUUCGUUGGUGCUGGGAGGAAUCAGAAAGAUUGCCUAGGAUGAAAAGCACUUCAAGCAUUGAUCUCUCUUCUUGUCUUAUCCACCAAAAGUUACAAAUGCUCACGAUAUGCAUUGAGAGGAAGAGAUCACUGAACCGUGAGAAAGGUACUGGCUACAAAGAUGAGACUUCAAAUAGUACGGCAGUGAACAAGUCUAGGAAAGGAUCAGCUGGUGUUGUGCCUAAAAUGAUGCUCCUGAAUACGUUUCAGGAAAUGCAUGCUCCAUAUACUCAGGAUGCACCUUUGAUGACCGAAGAUAUGCAUGAAGAAAGGCUCCAUGCAGCUGAAGCUUUUGGCAAUGCCAUUGGUCUAUCUGGACAGCUGGAAAGGGAUAUAUUAUGUUCCGAUAUGUCUGCUUUUAAAGCUGCAAACCCAGAUGCUGUCUUUGAAGAUUUUAUUCGGUGGCAUUCACCUGGUGAAUGGUUGAGCGAGGACAAAACAGAUGGUAAUGCAGGCUGGCCUCCCAAAGGAAAGCUUUCUCACCGUAUGUCCCAACAUGGGAAUGUGUGGCGCAAAAUCUGGAAUGAUGCUCUGCCAUUGCCUGUUUCUGAACAGAAGUCUUUGCUUGACCCUGUUCGGGAAGGAGAAAAGGUGCUUCAUUACCUUGAAACUUUAAGGCCACAGCAGCUCCUUGAACAAAUGGUGUGUACAGCUUUCAAAUCAUCAGCUGAUAUCCUGAAUAAGACCAUGUAUGGUGGCUUCAAGGAAAUGAAGACAAAAAUGGAUCGACUAUAUGUCACCAUGGCGUCAACACUGAAAUCUUUUCUAGGGAAUUCUGAUGUCAAUGAUUUGGUUGGAGGCCUGAAACGGCUUUGUCAAGUUUUUGAGCACAUCGAGAAGUUACUGAUUCUUGCUGCUUCCAUCAAUCGGAAGCUUAUUGAUGCUCCACGACUAGCUCAAGCAAUAUUUUACGACUACUACAACUUCUACCUUCCAAAAAUGGGAACUAGCCUGGAAAGCAUUUGCUAUGAGAAGGAGUUCACAACUAAGGAAAAGGUCGGGAUGUAUGAGAGAGAUGCUGUGUCGAACCUGUUUCCUCCCCCUACUGCUAAUCAGUCUUGGAGGAAAGUUUUGAGCAUGGGAAAUCUUCUGAACGGCCAUGAACCGAUGCAAAGGGAAAUCAUAUUCUCAGUCCAGGAGAGAAUAAGCAACGGUCAUUAUUCGAGCCCAACCCCAUUAUGUACCAACAAUGAGAAGAUCCAGACACAUAGGAUGUAUAUAUCUGGGACAUCUAAUGACCUUUGGGUUGCAUUGUCUGUAACGUCCUGGGAUUGAGCUGCACGAUGUAUGAGAGGAGCAAUUGGUGUUUUAAUUAGCUUAGAAUCCCGUUGGUGCAGAUAAACUAUCAUUGUAUUUUUUUUUUGUUGGAUGUACCAGAAGUCCAGAAGGGGCCACCAGGACAUGGCUAGUGACGCACUGAGGACAAGCAUCCAUUUUUGACAUCAGAUCAAAGUAUUGAUUAUUUACGUCUUGUAGCAGUCAGAACUCAGAAAUGCUAAUAUAUUCUUGGCUUCCUCUAGAGAAAUGGUUGUAGACAAGCUCUAUUUGGCUGACGUUUUUGGUCUGUUAGGUGGUGGGCUGGUGAGUUGCAACACACACACUGGGGUUGAUGUACGUAAACAUCUUGUAUGACUUUUGCAAUGAGCUAGGCUUUGUUCAAUA